AUGUUAGAGAACCUCCAAAACGCUAUACGUCAAAAUACGGCACAGACAGAUUUACCUGAACAGGUUUUCAUUGAAGCGAUAGAGGAGGCACUGUGUGCCGCCGCACGCCGGGUUUACGGUGAUGAUGCCAACGUUUCUGUUGAGAUUAAUUUGGAGAAAGGUGAUAUACGCUGUUAUGUCCCUAAAAAAGUCGUUAAUAUUAUGCGUGAUUUCUCGACAGAGAUUCCGAUUGAGCAAGCGGUGCUACUUCAAGAGGACGUUGAAGUUGGGGAGAUGCUGGCCGUUGAAAUCAACCCCAGCGAGUUUGGACGGGUCCCGGCACAGUUGGCGAAGCAAAUCCUUUUCCAGAAAAUCAAGCAGGCGGAGCGAGAAAAGAUUUAUCAAGAGUUUGCGGGACGUGAAGGCGAAGUUGUCACAGGUUAUGUCCAACGUUUUGAACGCGGUGGUGUCAUUUUGGAUCUUGAGCAGACGGAAGCCUUUUUACCACCGCGUGAGAUGCCACGUUCACAGAACUAUGAGCGUGGUAAACGCUUACAAUGUCUAAUUUUAUCGGUAAAGAAUGAGGCGCGCGGUGCUCCGGUUAUUGUAUCCCGGACGCAUCGAGAUCUGGUAGCGAUGUUAUUUGAGCAAGAAGUUCCUGAAAUCUAUGAGGGUCAGGUUGAGAUUAUGGCGGUUGCGCGUGAUCCUGGGAAUCGAGCGAAAGUUGCCGUCAGGGCGACAGAAGAUGGCAUUGAUGCUGUAGGCACGUGUGUUGGUGUUAAAGGGAUACGCGUCCAAACGAUCGUCAGUGAACUUGAUGAUGAGAAGAUAGACUUACUGGAAUGGAGUGAAGAUGCCAAUGUAUUCAUUGCGAAUGCUCUGGGGGGACGAGUUGGCGUACGUAGGGUUGAGCUCAAUGAAGAAGAUAGGAGUGCUCUUGUGAUUGUUCCGGACGAUCAACUGUCUUUAGCGAUUGGACAACGGGGACAGAAUGCGCGACUCGCGGCGAAAUUGACAGGUUGGAAAGUUGACAUAAAAGAAGAUUCUGAUAAAACAGAUGCGCAAGCCUCAGGCAGUCAAGAAGAAAGUCCUGACCAAAGUCUGCAAGAACAGGAGACUGCCGAUGUGCCGGAUUCAACAGAGGUUGAACAAGUCGUUGACUUGGCGGAGGAUGUUGAGGGAGACUCAGAUGCCGAUGCUGUUGAAACUGAGGGAGCAGAGAGUCCCGACGAGGAGAUCGAGACGGAGACAUCUGUCGCUCCUGAGCUUGAUGAUUUUGAUGCUGAGUCUUAA